GAUGCCCAUGGCAGGUGGUAUCUUGCCACUCAAGCUGUUCUUGAUACAGAUGGAAGAAGCAGAGGAGCUUUCCAGCACAUAAGCCCUUCUUCUUUAGGGUCAAAGCAGAAACUGGUUUUGGAGAGAGACAUGAGUGGAGAACAAUAGCUGAGAGUUCAGUGCUUGGUGUGGGCCAUGUGCCCACGGCUGUUUGCUGUUUUGGAAGUACCAAUGGUUGAGAAUCUGCAGGAUCCUGUGCCCAGCGAGUGUGGGACAACUCCUACUUUCUGUCUGGUUUUGAUUGGCUUUCAGAAGAGGCAGUGUCCUAUAAAUUGCCCUCGCCAACCUGCUUCUGCUCUAUCACCAGCUUACAGACAGCAUAUUGGAAGGAGGAAGAUGCCAGUUGUCAGAAACAUGAGCAGAGCUGUCCGCCAGCUGCUACAGAACUCUGGUUGUGGAUGUGGGAUUCCCAUCAUUCCUGCUCGAUGCAUUGGAGUCUCGCCCCGCCAGGUGGCCUCCGAUGCUAGCUUUCACUCAGUUUCCUUUUCAAACUCCAAUCAUCCUCGGGUGCUAAUCACAGGUGGUCUUGGCCAGCUUGGAGUGGGACUUGCUAAGCUUCUGAGGAAACGCUUUGGAAAGAACAAUGUGAUCUUGUCUGACAUUAGAAAGCCUGCAGAUAAUGUUUUUUAUAGUGGUCCUUUUAUCUACGCAGAUAUCUUGGACUACAAGAAUUUGCGUGAGAUAGUGGUGAAUAAUCGGAUAACUUGGCUGUUCCACUAUAGCGCUUUGCUCAGUGCUGUUGGAGAAGCAAACGUCCCCUUGGCCAGAGCCGUAAACAUUACUGGUUUACACAAUGUUCUGGAUAUUGCAGCUGAGCAUAAUUUGAGACUCUUUGUUCCAAGUACUAUUGGAGCCUUUGGACCCACCUCUCCUCGAAAUCCAACUCCUGAUCUCUGCAUCCAGAGACCAAGGACAAUCUAUGGAGUAUCCAAGGUUCAUGCUGAGCUCAUGGGAGAAUACUAUCAUUACCGGUAUGGCUUAGACUUCCGCUGUCUGAGGUAUCCAGGAAUUAUAUCUGCUGACUCUCAGCCUGGUGGGGGAACAACUGAUUAUGCUGUCCAGAUUUUCCAUGAUGCCAUAAAGACAGGCAAAUUUCAAUGCUAUCUAAAGCCAGACACUCGUCUCCCUAUGAUGUAUAUUGAUGACUGUGUGAAGGCGACUCUAGAAGUCAUGGAGGCCCCUGCAGAGGCACUGAGCAUGAGGACAUACAACAUCAGUGCCAUGAGCUUCACUCCUGAAGAGCUGGUGCAGGAGGUGCAGAAGCAUGUUCCUGAGCUUCAAGUGACCUACAAAGCAGAUGAAAUCAGGCAGGCCAUAGCUGACAGCUGGCCGAUGAACUUCGAUGACAGGAAUGCCCGGAGGGAUUGGGGCUGGAAACAUGACUAUGAUCUCCCCGAGCUGGUGACUACAAUGUUUAGCUUCCUAGGGUCUGACUCCAGGAUUGCUCAAGUUAGCUGAAAUACUGUGUAAGAUGUUUCCAGAUUUCUAAAGAGGACCAGGAAGAAAUGGCUAAAUUAGUUUCUAUUUUUCUGAGUCUGAGAGCAUGUCAGUUAUUAGCUUUCAUAAGUAGCAAUAGAGUUGGGCAGAAACAUGCUGUUGCUGGAAUCUACUAUUAGAUAAACAGCAUUGUUUGGUGCUGUCUGCAAUCACAGCACCGAUGACAAACACAGAUUUCUUGAGCUUUCAUACUUAAGCAGCUAUCAAAAAAAGUUAAAAAAAGCACUUACUGCUGGCUGAUGACUCUUCAACCAUUACUGCUGCCUGCCUCUUCUUUGGCAAAGAACUUGGGCCAGUAAUGUCAAACCUGGUAUUUCAGGCAUAUCCCACCAAGUUAACGAUAGGUUUCUCUUUUUUCCUGGUGGAGGAUGUUAUACCGUAGUAAGAUACCAUCCUUUCUAUUCUUUGCUUACAGAAGAGAGAUCAGAAGAGCUACUUCAUGUUUUUAUAUUGCAGGGGUUGUUGCAAUUUUUGUUUGAAAUCAAACUUCGGUCAUAGUUCUUUUAUAUAUAUGUGUAUAUAUAUUGCUGUAAACAUUUUUCUAUAGGGCAUACAAGGUAACAUUAUUCUUAUAAGGCUUAAGAAUGUGAAGGGGAAUAGGACUUGAAUUCUCAUUACACUUUAAAAACCCAGGGUUUACAAGCUAAGCUUUGUCCUACUCUGAAAGUGCUGCUGCCUCCAGCUUACCCUUGGAGGUAGAUCUGAAAUGUGAGGAGUUGUUAUGUUGUUAUGUGUAUGUGAAUCUGGGGCGUAUUUCAAGCAGGCAAUGCUUAUGUAUGGGUUUAUUACUAAUUGGCAACACUUUUGGUUAUCCCAGUUGUUUGCUGUGCUAGCGUGAUGACAUAUUGCCUGGAGCAAGUUUCCAGGGUGGGCUGAUGAUGGAGCCUUACGGUAGAGUCCCAUAAGCCAUUGUAAUCUGUUUGUGUUCACUACAUUUUCCUUGUGCGCUGUAAGUGUAUUUGUAGAUGCUAUUUAUGUCUAACUGUCAUAUGCUUUUAUUCUUUAGAGAGGGAUCCAGAAGCUGAAACCACCUUCUAGCUAUAGUUAAGGGCUGUUCUGCUCAUUGAGUUUCACACACAACAGAUUCUGGGAUUAACAAGGGUGUUUUAGUAGAUGCAUGCAAGGAAGAUACGUUGAUUCAAAAGGUACUUAGGAGACAUUGAGGAAUGACAAACUGGAGAGACAGAAAAGCAAUUUAGGUAAAAUAUCCUUUUCCAUGGAUGUGACUCUCAGCCAUCAGCUACUAUAGCUAUAGCAUGCCUUGAGAGGCAGAAUCUGGGAACUUUUGAUUUUGUUUCUUUCAAAGAAAAAAUAUCUUUCAUUUUCAAAAUGACUGGAAAUUCCCUAUAUGAAGCUCUCCAUCUUUUUUGUCUUGUAUACUCCAAUAGUGUGUGUAGGUAAACCUGUUAAAGUCUUUUUUCUACCUACAACUUGUUUGCUGUGUUUUUUGUGACAAUGCUUUGGUAGUUGAGUCUUAGUCUCUCUGUAAGCCUGUGGUGUUUCUCAGUAAGUGGAUAAGUGACAUGACCAGAUUUCUGUCUCUCUGCGAAAGAGUCUGCAUGCUGCAGGGAAUAUGUUUUCUCAUGAAAGCCACCUUCAAACGAAGAUCUGUGGUGAAACCCAGUUAUUUCAAGUGUUUGUUAAACUUGUUUCUCUCAGGUUUGUUACGUAUUUUACUGUUUUGGCUGCUGGCAAAGUAUGCAUUACCAGCUCCUUAAGCUCAAAAACCCCUAAGCUUUUGGCCUGUUAUUGAAACAUUUUUAUAUUGUUUACAUUUUUGAAAAGACAAGUUUUUAAACUUUGGCCACUGCUCUAGCUAUCACAUUGUUCAAGUGUAGUAUUUGGCUCAAUGGGCCAGCAACGUUAUGGCCCUCCAUUUGUACCCUACCAGGAAAGACUGGCUCAGAUUUUGUCCUGUGCCCUGCCAGAUCUCUCCUAGUGAACUUUACGCUGAGCUGUCAGGUGGAGGCCUUUAAUGUGAGCUCAAGUGUCCUGUCCAUUCCAGCCUCAGUUCAGAUCCUAAGGACUCCUCAUUGCCUCCAUUCCACCAGAUGUGUAAAAUAGUUGUUGACAGAUCUCACUCCAUUUCCUUACUUCACUUAGUUGGUUUAGGAACAGCCAUUUGAGAAACCUAUAUUUUGCAAAUCUGAGAUAAACCAUAUUACAAUAGAGAGUUGUUUGGAGGUAACAGUGCAGUGUUAAUCAGGACUGUGGCUAGAUGUGUCUAGAUAGGUCUGGAAGGUCUGAUUCCUGUUUGAAAUCCUGGUUUUCAACCUGUGAUGCAUGCAUUUUUUUUCAUACCUUCCCCAUUAACUUCUGUUAUAACAGAGUCUUGGGUUACAUGGUCUAGAGUGAGAUGUCCCUGCCCAUGGCAGGGGCUUGGAACUAGAUGGUCUUAAGGUCCUCUCCAACCUUAACUAUUCUAUGAUUCUAUGUUACAGUAUCUUCUGCAUCACACCAGUUUGGUGUGGUACGAAAUGUCUAAUUUUGCUACCAGUUUGAAUUUUGACUUCUGGGCAGAGACUUCCCUCAUGACAUUUGAGCAUUAUAGCUGUUUAAAUUACCUAUUCAGGAAAGGAAAGUUGUUAAUAUUUUGUUUUUCAAAUAUUGUCAGUUGUGGAUGAUGCCUACUUUAAUAAAAUCCUAUGCAUAUGUA